CAAUAGUUUGUGGAUGAAGUAGUGGUGUUCAAUGCUUCAAACCAGAGGUAGAGGAGUGAAGUGCAGAUUGGGUGGGUUACAAACAUUGUGCAGACCACGAUCGUGUUGCAGGUCUCUGCAAGACUCUGCUGCAAUGGUCCCAUUUGACAGAGCAGAAAAGAAGGUUACAGCUGGGGCGGGGUUUCAUAUCAUGCUGAAUUAUCUCCCAGCAGACUUCAAUAAACACGAAAAGGACGUGUUUAGCUCCUAUUCUCGUCUGCAAGAUUAAAAUGGACCAAAAAUGGCUUCUGAUUCUGGUGAUUGUGGUGUCAUGUCAGAAAUUCACUUCAGGGACUUUCAAAGCAAAGGAAGGGAAUAAGAUUGAUAUCAGCUGUACACCUAAAGACACAGUGGCGGCCAGCAUGAUUGUCUGGUUUCGAGUUCUAAGCAAUCACAUGGAAUUCAUUGGGUCUUUCAGCAAAUCUGGCAUAAGAAAGGCCUCAGCAAAAAAUUUUGAUGAGCUCUACACUUACACAAAUAAUCGUCUAUCACUGAAGUCCUUCAAAAAAACCGACGCUGGCCUAUAUGGCUGUGCGUCACUUAUCCAAGGUAAUACACUGGUGUUUGGAGACACAACACAAAUAUCUGCAGAUAAAACUGAAGAUAAAACUGAAGCACCACCAACAUGCACCACCAAACCGAGUGUGCCCAAAAUUGUAACCUGUGAUUGUGAAGGCAAGACAGCAGAAGAAGGGGAGUCCAGUUCUGCUUUUAAUUGUAGUCCAAUAAUGCUGGGAGCUCUUUCUGGUGGCUGUGGCCUUUUUCUUCUGCUCCUCAUCGUCACCAUAUUGUACUGCAAUCGGAUAAGGACACGGAGAUGCCCACACCAUCACAAAAGAAGACCUCGAACGGCACCUCCUGCAAAAGAAGUGAUGCCCGGCAGAUAUGUUUAAUCUAAAUGGUGAAAUUUCAGACACUUCUUUUUUUUCUUUAACGCUAUUGCUGCAUCUUCUCAUCCUAUUUGCUAAAGUCAGCCUAAAACAUUUUCUUUGUUUGUGAAAAUAUGAGAUGGUUUUAAAGUGGUUGUGUAUUCAGCGCAUAAAUGGAAAGCCUUUUAUUGCCAACAUUGAGUUAUAAUUUUCAUGUGGCUUGAUGGCUAACAACACUGUUUUGUCACAGGUAGAUUGAACCCUUUUAAUGAUAAUUGUGUGGUUUAAAGAGUUUAUUUUGCAAAUCCACAUCAAUUCUUAUGGUUACGGGUACGGCUGAAGAUGAUCCUGAGAAGAAUUCAUUUUUGUUUCUGAACUGUGAGCAAUAAUUGUAUAUAAUUCUUUUGAAUUUAAAUAUUUUUUAUUUAAUUUUUUGGGAAGUUUUAAAAGCAAUAACAGUGUGCUUUUGUUUUGCAUUCUGCACACACUAUUUGAAUUGCUGCACUCGCAUUUAGUCAUCAAAACAAUUUAAAGCAAAUUUUUUUUUUGGCUUGUUUAAAAUUACACUUACUCGAAAAGCAUUUGAUUUUAUUCAUUCACAUGUUUUUAAGACUGUAGAGUAAUACUGAAAAGAACAAAUAUGGCACGUUCUUUUGUUUUUGCUUUUAACCGUUGC